CGCAGGACCUUCCGUUACGUGCGAAUGAAACAACAUCAGACUUCGACAAUAUCGAGAUCGUCGAUUUCGAUGCUUGGUUUCGGCGCGCGGCUGAAGCUUCGCCCGAGUUACGCCUUCUGUUGUCGCAGAAGGAGGCUCUAGCAUCGACGCGAGAGACGUUUGCAACCGCAAUCCAGAUCUUGCUGGAUUCCGAUGAAGCCAUCGCUCUGCGCCGCGCACAUAAUGUGAAGCAUCACAAUUUUACUGCCUUGGCGCUGCAACGUUGCCCACUUGCUGUACUAUUCUGGGCAGCCUUGGAGUAUGUGGCUUGCCAUUUCAUGCACUCACGCACGAUCAUGGAUGACUGUAGGGCACAGCGUGAAACCAUGGAGGAAGUGCUGGAGCAGGCUUUGCUGGACUCAGACAUGCGGCUCAAGUUCGGCUAUGAAGGCAUUGGCUUAGAGAAUCAGCGCCUCGCUGCUGAGCGCGCGACAGAGGCGUCAAUAAAAAGUGGUAAAUCAAUGCCCAUGCGUGAGGCGCAUGAAGAUUCGCUUAACGAGGAAGAAGGAAAGCAUGAUGAUGAAGAAGCCCACGUCGGGUGUACUAGGACUACGAUGGGCUUCGGAGCGGCGACAUGCAUAGUAAUUGCCGAAGACGAGAAGGAGAUGGCAUCUCUGGAGUUAGAUGACGGAACUUCGAAACGAUCUACACGAAUGUUGUACCAGAAUCUUUUUCAAGAGUCAAGGCGAGACAAGUUGUUAUCACGGACUGAGCUUUUUCCUGUUGAGAAAAACGAAAUUACGGUCCAACCAUUGAUGUACACGCGCUGGCCAGUGCUACAUCUCUUACUGCAAUCUGGCAUUUGGUCACAGCCAUACUUUGCGGACAUUUAUUUUGAUAGGGAUAUCAACUGCAUCAAUCCUCCACUUUACGACAAGAGAAAUCAUAGUACUAGAUCAUCCUCCGUAGCUGAUGAUGCAGAAUCAAAAGACCACGAUCAGUUGCGACCAAUUGUGUUCGAGCCCCUUGAGGAGGAUGAAGCAACUGCUGCCGAAAUACAUCCUACGACUCAUAGCCCCACAACGGGCGAGCCUUUAGUACAGACUGCGCGUCUGAUUUCCUUUCAUCCACGUGAGGACCCACAUUCGGGACUGCUGAGACGGCAAGCUGUCGCCGACGCAAUGGAGCGUGUUGCUGAAGACCCAGCUUCCGCAGACAUGAGCUCUGAGGACCUCAAGGAGGCUCAAAUCGACGCUUUUCUUGACAUUUUGAAAGGUGAACUAGAUAUGCGCGCGCUGUCACGAGAUGCGAAUCUCAUUGAAAACUUACAGAUGGUCCGUUACGCGCCUGAGCCGAUGACACGCUACGACCACUUCCGUAGAGGAUUCAACAACUACGAAUUACGUAGUUCCAUGCAUUUCAGUUGGCAAGAUCAAUGGGAUGCAUCUUCUAUGCGUUUCGUCUUCGGCAAGUGGAUGCAGUCAAAAGUUAUGACGAGGAGGAUAUGGAUAAGUACAACUACAAACUUGCUGUUUUUCAUUACCUUUACUUCAAGGAAAAGAGACGUCGACGCAGCUGACGAGAACACAAAGUAACAAUUAGAAGAACUUCUUUUUGCAACUCACAUCUUGUCUAAGAAGGAGCGAUAUGAGCGCGUUGGACAGGAGUGCCUCUGGGGAUACGUUGUCGCGAACCUGUUCAAGAACUUUUAAGGAGGGUAAAUCCAAUGUAAGCGAGACCUAGUAGUGAUUGCAUCUGCAAACACGUCCCUUUGAAGUGCUUCGGGGGGGGAGGUAGCUGCGUGUUCAUACAUAGAUAUGGAGCACAGGAAAGUAUGCCCGCUUCCGUUUUCUUCAUUUUUCCUUGUGCCUGCAGACGGAGACGAAGUGCAGCGAGAUGUUCUUUCCCGUCGUCGAGACGUCCUUGCAAGGCACAUUGCACGACGCGGUGAAUUUGAAGCGCGCGUUGAACACGGAAGGCUUUCCGCUGACGCCGGCGGCAGCAAACACGAACAGGCAGUUCUUGUGCACAUGGGAGUGCCUUUUCGCGUCGAUGUGGCCAGUAGGAAGUUUCUUGUGGCUCACGAGUUCUAUGACUCGGAAGCACGGUUUUGGGUUGGACUUUGGCGAGGAGUGGCUUUUCGGUCGAGCCGUGAAACUUGUGCUGCUAACAGGCGAAGAAGCGGGAGACUACGACGAAAUCUUGUCUUUGGGUUUAGAAGCAGAUCAGGACGGAGAGACCGCAGCCGCUACCGUGCAUGAGCAAGAGAGUGAGCAGCAGCAGUUGCGUCGAAAGUUCUUUGCUUCUCAAGGAGUGCCAGUGCUACGUGAUGAUGUUGAUACCAUCUACGUGACAAUGGUUUGGGGUGAAAAGUACAGCGUGGUUCUGCCAAAUUUCUGUGACCACACGCUUGACAUCUUGUCACGGAGUGAUUCAGGGCAAUCGUUGAGCGAUAGCAAAAAAAAAAAUCGAGCUGGUGGAACAACAGAGUUCCUCAUGUUCGCGCAUGACGAGGCGUCUCACCAAGCGUGUGUAGAUUGCGAGAAAUGCAAUCGGCCCUUGGAUACUACUGAGCCAGGCGUAGGAAACGAGGGUGAAUCAAAAGCAAAUCUUCCAGGCAGUCCAUCAAUAGUAUCGCGCAGAUGUAUACGCGGGUACUCCCAAGCGUUGGGUAAGUUUUCUCUCACGCUGGUGCUGCUGCAGUUGGGAUACCACGUCGCUUAUGUCGAUUUCGAUACGUAUUUGCUGAAGAACCCGACGAAUCUUCUCCAUUGGGCGACCUCUGCGCAAGGGUACGGACAAUUCCUCCCGACCACGCGAAAGAGACGGGACGAAGAUCUCGACAUUCUCGUUGGGGGUUCUGUCUUUGACGACUGCAUAAACAACGGUUUCUAUUUCAUCAAGAGUAACGUGAGGACACGUGAAUGGCUUGCCCGUUUGUUCAAGUAUCUGUAUGACCGUCCCUAUCUCGUGGACCAAAAGUGCUUUUCGGCCUUUUUAGGCCCCAAUCGCGCCUUCGAAAGAGUGCCAGAGGAAGUAGGAUUCGCAUUUUCAGAGAAUCCGGCACUUUUUCGUGGUCGCAUGGAUCUCAUUCGUUGGGCGCCGCUUGAUCCCUAUCGGUACUGGGGACAUUCCUUCUGGUUCGAUUCCAGCUUGACUGCACUCGGUUCGGACGAUACUUCAGUGACGUCGACAACGCGGAAUGAUGAAGAUGACACUACAACUGCUGACGGCCCUUCAUCUGUGACAGCGUCUCCGACUCUCUAUGCGUUCCAUUUUGAAAAGGCUGGUUGGUUGGACGAGGCUACCAAGAAGACCUUCGGCCUCAAUGACGAAGGCAAAAGGCACAGGCUACAAGGAGUCGGCGUUUCUGCAGGGUCGUCCACAUCUGUCUCUACUACAACGUCGGAACGACCAGAAGACUCGACGACCGCCUCUAGUUCUAGUGUUGCUGAUUGGACAACAUCAUCAGCAAAGCCCCCGGUCGUCGUGGAUGCUGACUUUCAGCUGUUCUUCAUCGACAAAGAGGAAGAGAAAAUAGGAGAAUUCUUAAAUUCCAAGCGCUUGCAUAGACUACCGGAGGAGAUGAAGAGUUGCGUGACUUUACCUGCAGACGAAGCGGAAAUACGAACCAUGAUCCGCAAAAAUCGUUACGGAAGUCGCAUCCCACCUUACUUUCCGGAGUACAUUCCGCACGAGCAUCAUGGCCAGUUGUAA